AUGUCAUCCACUUCAUUAAGUUCUUCUACUAUCACGCAUGGUAUCAGUAGCUUCAAUUCAGAAUCAGAUCAACAACAAUCCAUUCACCCUAAUCUGACUUUAGGUCGUUACGCUAUCUCCACACUACUCAAUCAACCUUCAUCACGCAACAAUGUGUCUACUUCAUUCACUUCAUCAAUCCCUUCAGCCUUCAAACCUUCAGCUUUUGCCGCUCUCGUCUCUCUUCCAAUCUCAUCAUCCAAUCAAUCUGUCUUGGCACCUUCUCAUAAGCGAUCAGCCCCUCCUCCUCUCAAACUUACGGAACCCCCCAAUAUCUCGAUAUCUGACUUUAAACCGUACCUCGAUCAAAUCAAAACCGAAUGGGCUCAAUGGGAGAAGAACCUUAACUUAGGAUCAGAUGGAGCUGUCAACUUUCGACAAUCAAAUCAAAUCGAUUCUUCAUCGUCUGAUCAAACUUCCUCCAAUCUCAAUGAUCAUCAAACUGGUUCAGCUUCAAAUUCACUGGUUCAUCGUCUCAAACAAAGUGAACCACCUGAUCUUAGCGCUGUACCUUCAGUCUUCUUUCAAUCUGACUUUACAAUCGCUAAUCCUAGUACAUUCGAUAUCGUCACUGAAACUUCAUCUCAAUCAAAAACUAAUCAGUCAAACUCUGAAUCAAAUUCAAAUUCUAUAUCAACUCCACUCUCAAUUCCUGAUUUGGCUACAGAUCAAAUCCUACAAGAAAAACUAUCUCAUUAUCUUGAUGUAGUUGAACUGAAUUUGGUAGAAGAAAUCAGUAAAAGAAGUGCAAGUUUCUUUUCAGCAUUAGGAAAUUUACAAUCUCUGCAUUCUCAAACAGCGUCAUGUAUAUCUCAAGUCGAUGCUCUCAAGAUUGAACUUGAUCAACUCAGUGAAUCAGUUGCAGAAAAAGGUUUAAAAAUGGUCAAAUUAAGUAAUCGAAGAAAGAAUAUAUCAAAACUUGAAGAAGGAUUAAUGAGAGUUCAUGAGGUUUGGGAAAGUGUGACUGAAAUUGAAGCAAUGGUACAAGCUGGGGAUUGGAUCACUGCUUUAGGAUUGAUUGAAAGUCUUGAAGAAAUUUGGAAAUCGGAAAGUUUAAGCUCAGAAGAUCAGUCUCAGAAUGGGGCAUUCCCUACAUUGAGACUUCAUAAACUUAAAGCACUCAAUGCUUUACCUCUUCGACUCUCGAAUCUUCGAAGUUCAAUUUCCCGUACUCUCGAAGCUGAUCUGAUCUCGAUCUUAGUCCACGAUCUUAAACUGAAUGUACAAGAAUUCUCAACAAAUGAAAGACAAUGGGAUAUUGAAGAUCCUAAAUCACCAGCACCCGAUCUUCAAAAUCAUGCCCAAGUUAAGGAUCGGAUUCAAGAUCGAAUUCAACCAAGUUUGAGUGGUUUGAUGCGAGCUAGUAAUCUUGAGAAAGUCAUGACCAUGUGGAGAGAUGCAGUUAUGAGAGAAGUGAGGGAUAUCGUUAAAGACACUCUUGCUGCUGUGACUGAUAUUGAAAUUGAUGAUAAAGAUGAUUUAUCGACUCCUUCUGAGUCCAAUCCAAGAGAGAAACGUGUUACACUUUCUGAGAAAACGCUUGAAUGUUUGAAUUUGACUCGGAACUUAAAAGUAUUGAGUCACGAGGAAUUCUUAGGGAUCGCACGUGAUACUUAUACCUCACUCUUAGGAUGUCUUCAAGCAUUGAAAAUCCAAUCAGAUACGCUUUUUGCUAUUGCUGAAGAAGUUUAUAAUCAUCAACUUGCUACCAAAGUCACUUCAAACUCGACCGCUGAUGAUCUAUCCGAGUCUGAAUUGGUCCUAUCAAGCCCGGCGAGAAUUGAAGACAAUCCGAUGAAUGCUGAAAAGCCCGAAUCUUCGGUCGUAGUUUCAAUCGAUCUCGAGGCGUUAAAGAGUGAUAUGAAUGAAGUAGUACAAGCAGCAGCAGAACUUGCCAACUUGCGUUUUUCAAAAGUGAUUGGAGUAAGAACUGAGGUGCAUGCCAGCUUAAGCCUGCGUGAUUUCUACUUGAUCUUCGAUCUCAGUUGGAAAUUUGUUGUUAAAUGUGAGGUGAUCAGUCGAAGGAUGAUUGUAGCUCUUCGAGGCGUUAUGGUCGGUCAAGCAAAGGCUUUCUUACAAGCUUUUCAUCAGAACAAGAUCACUGAGAGUGCUAAGAUUGUAGAACAAGAGCAAUGGGCACAGGUCGAUGUACCGGUUACGAUACAGUAUACGGUCAAUCAAAUCAUUGCUAGCGCUGUCAAGGAUCCACCCGAACUUUUGUUUGCACAAGGGGACAGUAUUAAUCUACAUUCUACGGAAGGUAAGGGCGGAGACUUGAAUGAUCCCAAUUCAAGUCAAGCUUCAUCUAAAGAACUUGAUAUUGAGGGUACUAGUUUACAUGCUGUAGGAGCUGUACUUGAAACACUCAAGACCUUGGCCAACUAUUUACAAGUGGUAGUUAACUUUUCACUUUUGACGACCGAUACGAUGGGAAAGAUUGUAGAAUUCCUUAAAGCGUUUAACUCGAGGACUUGUCAGGUUGUACUUGGAGCUGGUGCAAUGAGGUCGGCUGGUCUCAAGAACAUCACGGCCAAACAUCUCGCGUUGGCAUCACAAGCACUUUCGAUUAUGAUUCAACUGAUUCCAUAUAUUCGAGAAUGUCUAAGACGUCAUCUUAGUAUGAAACAAGCAGUGAUGCUAGUAGAUUUUGAUAAAUUAAAACGAGAUUAUCAAGAACAUCAAAAUGAGAUUCAUUCGAAAUUGAUUUCAAUCAUGUCUGAUCGACUUAAUGUUCAUCUUCAAACCUUGGAAUCGAUUGAAUGGGAAACGAUUGAUGAAAGUUUAGAUUCAAAACCUAAUGGAGCUAAUGGAUAUCUUGAAAGUCUUUUUAAAGAAGUGGGUACUUUACAUAAGGUUCUUAGUAGAUAUCUUACACCAUCUACUCUUGAGCAUAUCAUGAGUCAAGUGUUUAAAUCGAUCAAUACAACCCUCACAGAAUUCUAUCAAAACUUGAAUUUACAAUCGGAUCAAGCUUAUCUACGGUUAAUAAGAGAUUUGAAUUUCUUAGUAAUGAAAGAGAUUGAAUUGAAAGCAAAUGAAGAGAUCCGAUCUAAAGCAAUUGAAGUCUUAAAGGAACUUGAAAAGAAAUUAAAUGAAUUGAAAUCUACUAAGAAGAUCAUUUCACCUAUUUCUACUAAUCCGAUUGUUGAAAUUAGUAAUGAGAAAUCACAACCAGUUCAUCAACCUCAUUCUACUUUAAGAUCUACUUUUAGAUUUCUUUCUCCUAGAUCUCCAAAGUCUCCAAAGGCUCAAACUCCUGUUACACCAUCAACGCCUCCACCGGCUCCACCACCUCCAGAAGCGCCACUUCAACCUGAACCUGAACCUGAACCUCAACCUCAACCUAAGCCUGAACCUCAACCGGAGCCUGAACCUGAACCUGAACCUCAACCCCAGGAAGAAGUACCUGUAGCCCCGGUAGGGAUUCUGAAAGUGGACCAAGACUCGAGGAAUGAAGAACCUAAUCAAACUCAAAUAUCGGUGGCUGAUGAAAACGAAAAACCGGAAGUGAAAAAUUCAAUCAGUGAAGAAGAAGAAAGCAAGGUAGAAAGAGAAAAGGAGGUGAAGAAAGAGAAAGAAGAGGAGAAGAUUGAAGAGACAUCGAAUGAGAAUGAGAAAGAGAAAGAAGCGAUCACCGAAACCCCGAUCGUUGAAGAAGAAAUCAAACCUGAUUCUAAACUUUCAAACCUUCGGCUCGGUACUAGACCAAGUCUCGAGAUGAGAGGAAAUGGAAAUGAUCAGAAUAAAGAGAAAAGUAGAAAAAGUGUUGAUGAAACGAAUUCUAGACCUUCGAUCAUUAAAACAUCUAUAAGUAGUCGAAUGUCAUUGAGCGAAAGGCUUGCAGCAUUAGCUAAACCUGAUAGAAGAAGUUCUUUACCAACUAAUAGUAGUACUAUAAAUACAGAAAAAGAAAGGAAAGAAGAAACCAAUGAACCGAUUAAAUCAUCAAUACCUGAGAUUAAAGAAGUGAUUGAAAAAGAAGAAGGAAAGGAAGAAGGAAAGGAAAGGAAAAGUGUAGAGAUUGGUCAAGAUCAAAAGAGGAUUGGAAGUGGAAAUCGAAUGAGUUUGAAGGAAAGACUUGCAGCUGUUGUGGUUGGAACUUCUAAAGUUAUUGAAGUUGUUGAUGAAAAGGAUGAAAAGGAAGAGAAAGAAGAAAAGGAUGAGAAGGAUGAAAGAGAUUUGAAGAUGAAAGGAUUGGAAAAGUUGAAAGAAUUGCCGGCUUUACCUGAUUCACCUAUGGAAAACCGGGUUGAUGAAGAUAAGGGAAUCGAAAGGAGUGAAGAAGUUAAAAUCGAUGAAAUUCAAGGAAAUGAAGAAGUUGAAGAUGUAGUGCAAGAUGAGAUAAAAGAUGAAGUCAAAGAUGAAGUAAAGGAUGAAGUCAAAGAUGAAGUAAAGGAUGAAGUCAAAGAUGAAGUCAAAGAUGAAGUCAAAGAUGAUGAAAUGUAA